UGGUCGCUCUUCCGCUCUCCCGUGACAGUUUCGAGCAAAUAAUCGGAGGACGAGGCGUGUCAUGCCGUCGUGUUGUUAUUGGGCAUCUUCCUCCAAAGGACCCGGCAGCUCCAAGCUCGGCGCCGACCAACGGCCCGGGACGACCACAGACUCCACUAAAAGCGGACAUUAGAAGCGAGACGAGGGAGUUUGCAAGCAGGAAGUCAGUGGACUACUGUCUGUCAAGGUGCGCUCUUGGGCGAACUAACAAGCGGCAAUGUCAAAUGAACGGACCCCUCUCAUCAAUUCAGGGGUGUGCGGUCUGUCCAUGGCAGUGGCGACGUGCGGCACUGUCAUGGACACGCCUCCCGAUUCUCCACCGGGGACGAGAGUAAAAAGUAAAGAGCCCCGAAAACUCAACACAUUUUUUGGCGUGAUGGUGCCGACUAUCCUCUCCAUGUUCAGCAUUGUGUUGUUCGUGAGAACAGGUUUCGUCGUUGGUCACGCGGGACUCCUUCAGGGUCUUGUCAUGGUGUUUGUAGCCUAUAUCAUUAUAGCGCUUACCAUUUUGUCCAUCUGUGCAAUUUCCACCAACGGGGCAAUACAGGGAGGUGGCGCUUACUACAUGAUCAGUCGAUCUCUGGGCCCGGAGUUCGGAGGAAGUAUUGGGUUGAUGUUCUUCCUGGCCAAAGUGUUUGCAUGUGGAGAAUAUGUUCUUGGUCUGGUGGAAGCUAUUCUUGAUGUGUUUGGCAGGGAUGAAGAAACAUCCAUAUCCGAGGGCAUCCACGUCCUCCCUCAGGGUUACUGGUACACCGUGCUCUACGCUUCUGUAGUCCUCCUGCUGUGUCUCGUGGUGUGUCUGGUGGGCGCUCACAUCUACUCACGCAUGGGCUUCGGCAUCCUGCUGCUGGUCACCGUGUCGCUGCUGUCCGUCUUCAUCAGCUCUUUGGCGGUGAAACCUCAGAAUUUUGUCAUCGCUCACGCGGGUCCCGGCAAUCAGACUCUGCGUUACAACGCCAGCUACACAAGUUUUAACUUGACCACACUAAAGAACAACCUUGGCUCUGGUUACUCGUUGGACUACAGCACCAACACAGUCAUGUCGUUUGCCACCGUGUUUGCUGUUAUGUUCACCAGCUGCACAGGAAUCAUGGCUGGAGCCAACAUGUCAGGGGACCUGGAAACUCCGAGUGUGUCCAUCCCCAAAGGAACCAUUGUCGCUGUCAUUUACACCUUCACUGUCUACCUCCUAUUAUUCUUCUUGGUCAGUGCCACUUGUGACAGAACAUUGUUGAUUGAGGAUUACGGAUUCCUUCAACGAAUAAAUAUUUGGCCACCGUUUGUGACUAUUGGAAUUUACUGCAGUGCUCUGUUUGCUGCAAUGUGUGCCAUGAUAGGAGCAUCUCGUAUACUGCACGCUCUCGCUGUGGAUCAGCUCUUUGGGUUGCCGUUGGCACCUGCCACGAUCACCACAAGCUCGGGGAACCCGUGGAUGGCAGUGGUUUAUACCUGGGGUCUGGCACAGUGUGUAGUAUUUGCAGGGCAGCUCAAUGCCGUUGCCAGCUUGGUGACCGUUUUCUACUUGCUCGCCUAUGCUGCUGUUGACUUGGCUUGUUUGGCUCUUGAGUGGGCGUCCGCGCCCAAUUUUAGGCCGACCUUUCAGUAUUUCUCCUGGCACACGUGCCUGUUAGGAAUCCUGAGCUGUUUAGUCAUGAUGUUCGUCAUUAACCCCGUGUACUCAUCGGGGAGCAUCGUCCUCCUGUUGCUAUUGCUGCUUUUCCUCCACUACCGCUCGCCCACCAGCAGCUGGGGCUACGUCAGCCAGGCGCUUAUCUUCCAUCAGGUGCGCAAAUAUCUCCUAAUGCUGGAUGUAAGGAAGGACCAUGUAAAGUUCUGGAGGCCACAGGUUCUCUUGAUGGUCGCCAAUCCACGCUCUUCCUGCCAGCUCAUCCUGUUUGUCAACCAGCUGAAAAAGGGAGGCCUGUAUGUGCUUGGCCACGUACAGCUCGGAGAUCUGGAUUCCCUGCCGUCAGACCCUGUGCAGCAGCAAUACAACUUCUGGCUGAGCUUAGUUGACAAGCUCGGGGUGAAGGCCUUUGUAGACCUGACGCUCUCUCCAUCUGUUAGGCAAGGAACGCAACAUCUUCUACGUAUCACAGGCCUUGGUGGCAUGAAGCCCAACACCCUGAUCUUGGGUUUCUAUGACAACUCCACCCCCGAGGACUUCUUCCUCCAAGAUACUGCCUUUUGUGGCACAUCGGCAGGACAAGGCACAGAAGGCGAGUAUAAUUUUGGGGUUGACCUGCCUUCCUUACAGGCCCAUUUCCCUCCCGUCCGACACGUGGAGAGCCCACGCUGGCUCACGCCCGAAGAGUACGUGGGGAUCAUCUCCGACGCCAUCAAAAUGAACAAAAACGUGUGCUUGGGCCGAUAUUUCUUCCAUUUGGAGGGAGAGGGGAAGCAGAGCAAGGUGGACGGCUCGGAGCGAACCAUCGACGUGUGGCCUCUCAACCUGCUGCAGCCUGGCUGUCGAGAUUAUCAGGAUGUGUGCAGCUUGUUCUUGCUGCAGAUGGCCUGUGUGCUCAACAUGUCCAGUAAGUGGAGGCACGCCAGGAUGAGGAUCUUCCUAAACGUGGAGUCGGAGUCCAGCGACCAGGGCUGGGUGGUAAACGAAGAGACUUUUCGAGAGCUGCUGAAGAAGCUUCGAAUCCGAGCCUCUAUCAAGAUCGUUCCGUGGGACUCUGUGGUACAACACUACACUCAGACCGGUGGCGAGGAGCAGAGCCACACCCUCAAUGAUCAAUUCCUUUUUGCGGUGAACUCCAUGUUGAUGGAACACAGUUCUCAGGCCGCUGUUCGCUUCCUGUAUUUACCACGACCCCCGGCUCAUCCCAGCUCUUCCCAGAUGUACUUGGGUCAACUGGAAGCUGUCACCAACGGUCUGGGACCAACGCUUCUCAUUCACGGCGUCACCCCGGUAACAUACACAGAUCUUUGAGCAUGGCAGUCUUUAUAGAAGUGUGUAUGUAAGCACUGAUUACACGCAAUGAUACAAAACAGACAAUUCCAUUGAUAUGUCCGAUUAGGGUCCUUGCAAGUGUUGUAUAAAUGAAUUCCGCACUUAGAAAACAGUGUUUAAUUAGGAUUGUCUUUGUGACAGAGGUUGAUAAUUUCCACUUUCACAAUGUGUUUAUAAAACAAUUGUUUGAUUCUGAGCAUUAUGAGUGGUGAAGGAACAACACUACUGUACAUUCUAAACUGUGUGUUACUGUCAGCCAAGUGUGAAUGCACAUUUGAUCAUUUUGCAGUCUAUUUUCCUAUUUUCAUGCACUUGGACUGCUUUGGUGAUUAAAACUAAGCAAGUGACAUCUAAAAAUGUCUGCAUAUGGUACAUCUGUCUUCUAACCAUUCAGUUUGAGUAACAUCUUAAAGAGCCUUUAAAAAACAGUUGGACCAAUGUGGGCUUUUUAACUACAGAACUGUCAGAGUAUGGAGUCAUGUUUUCUCAACUGUCUUAAAAAUGUGGUAUUUAAAGACAAUAUUCUCAUGGUACAGUGGGGCAAAUAAGUAUUUAGUCAACCACUAAUUGUGCAAGUUCUCCCACUUGAAAAUAUUAGAGGCCUGUAAUUGUCAACAUGGGUAAACCUCAACCAUGAGAGACAGAAUGUGGGAAAGAAAAAAAAAAGAAAAUCACAUUGUUUGAUUUUUAAAGAAUUUAUCUGCAAAUCAUGGUGGAAAAUAAGUAUUUGGUCAAUACCAAAAGUUCAUCUCAAUACUUUGUUAUGUACCCUUUGUUGGCAAUAACGGAGGCUAAACGUUUUCUGCAACUCUUCACAAGCUUUUCACACACUGUUGCUGGUAUUUUGGCACAUUCCUCCAUGCAGAUCUCCUCUAGAGCAGUGAUGUUUUGGGGCUGUCGUUGGGCAACACGGACUUUCAACUCCCUCCACAGAUUUUCUAUGGGGUUGAGAUCUGGAGACUGGCUAGGCCACUCCAUGACCUUGAAAUGCUUCUUACGAAGCCACUCCUUUGUUGCCCUGGCUGUGUGUUUGGGAUCAUUGUCAUGCUGAAAGACCCAGCCACAUCUCAUCUUCAAUGCCCUUGCUGAUGGAGGGAGAUUUUGACUCAAAAUCUCUCUAUACAUGGCCCCAUUCAUUCUUUCCUUUACACAGAUCAGUCGUCCUGGUUCCUUUGCAGAAAAACGGCCCCAAAGCAUGAUGUUUCCACCCCCAUGCUUCACAGUGGGUAUGGUGUCCUUUGGAUGCAAUUCAGUAUUCUUCUCCAAACACGAGAACCUGUGUUUCUACCAAAAACUUCUAUUUUGGUUUCAUCUGACCAUAACACAUUCUCCCAGUCCUCUUCUGGAUCAUCCAAAUGCUCUCUAGCGAACCGCAGACGGGCCUGGACACGUACUGGCUUCAGCAGGGGGACACGUCUGGCAGUGCAGGAUUUGAGUCCCUGGCGGCGUAUUGUGUUACUGAUAGUAGCCUUUGUUACUGUGGUCCCAGCUUUCUGUUGGCCAUUCACUAAGUUCCGGCGGUGUGGUUCUGGGAUUUUUGCUCACCGUUCUUGUUAUCAUUUUGACGCCACGGGGUGAGAUCUUGCAAGGAGCCCCAAAUUGAGGGAGAUUAUCAGUGGUCUUGUAUGUCUUCCAUUUUCUAAUAAUUGCUCCCACAGUUGAUUUCUUUACACCAAGCGUUUACCUAUUGCAGAUUCAGUCUUCCUAGCCUGGUGCAGGUCUACAAUGUUCUCUAGUGUCCCUCGACAGCUCUUUGGUCUUGGGCAUAGUGGAGUUUGAAGUGUGACUGACUGACAUUGUGGACAGGUGUCCUUUAUACCGAUGAUGAGUUAAAACAGGUGCCAUUAUUACAGGUAACGAGUGGAGCCUCGUUAGACCUCUUGAAAAGAAGUUAGACCUCUUUGACAGCCAGAAAUCUUGCUUGUUUGUAGGCAAGUACUUAUUUUCCACUCUAAUUUGGAAAUAAAUUCUUUAAAAAUCAAACAAUGUGAUUUUCUGUUUUUUCUUUCUCCACAUUCUGUCUCUCAUGGUUGAGUUUUACCCAUGUUGACAAUUACAGGCCCCUCUAAUCUUUUCAAGUAGGAGAACUUGCACAAUUGGUGGUUGACUAAAUACUUAUUUGCCCCACUCUAUAUUGUGUGUUUUAAGGCAGUGGUCCCCAACCUUUUUUGCACCACGGACAGGUGUGAUGUCGGCCUUUUUUUCACGUACUGGUAAUGUUUGGCAGCUUUUCGGCACAUACACUGCUGGCCAAAAGUAUUGGCACCCAUGCAGUUCUGUCAGAUAAUGCUCAAUUUCUCCUAGAAAAUGAUUGCAAUUACAAAUGCUUUAGUAGUAAUAUAAUAAUUUAAUUUGCUUGCAGUGAAAAAGAACAAAAGUGAAUAAAAAAAAACCUAAUCAUGAUCAUUUUACACAAAAUUCCAAAAAUGGGCCAGACAAAAGUAUUGGCACCCUCAGCCUAUUACUUGGUAGCACAACCUUUUGACAAAAUAACUGUAAACAACCGCUUCCGGUAUCCAUCAAUGAGUUUCUCACAAUGCUCUGCUGGAAUUUUAGACCAAUCUUCUUUGGCCAACUGCUCCAGGUCUCUGAGAUUUAAAGGGUCCCUCUCCAAACUGCCAUUUUCAGAUCUCUCCAUAGGUGUUCUAUGGGAUUCAGGUUUGGACUCAUAGCUGGCCCCUUUAAAAGUCUCCAGUGCUUUCUCUCAAACCAUUUUCUAGUGUUUUGAAGAGUGUUUUGGGUUAUUGUUAUGCUGGAAGACCCAUGACCUCUGAGGCAGAACCAGCUUUCUCUCAUUAUUAUCUCUACAUUAUGCUGCAAAAUUUUUUGGUAGUGUUCAGACUUCAUAAUGCCAUGCACACGGUCAAGUGCCAGAGGUAGCAAAGCAACCCCAAAACAUCAGGGAACCUCCGCCAUGUUUGACUGUGCGGAUUGGUUGUUCUCUUUGAAAGCCUCGUUUUUUCCCUGUAAACUCUAUAUUGAUGCUUUUUCCCCAAAAGCUCUACUUUUGUCAGAUCUGACCAGAGAACAUUCUUCCAAAACAUUUUUGGCUUUCUCAGGUAAGUUUUGGCAAACUCCAACCUGGCUUUUUUUAUGUCUCUGGGUCAGAAGUGGGGUCAUCCUGGGUAUCCUACCAUAAAGUCCCUUUUCAUUCAGAUGCCGACGGAUAGUACGGGUUGACACUGUUGUACCCACGGACUGCAGGACAGCUUGAACUUGUUUGGAUGGUAGUCAAGGUUCUUUAUCCACCAUCUGCACAAUCUUUCGUUGAAAUCUCCCGUCAAUUUUUCUCUUCCGUCCACAUCUAGGGAGGUUAGCCACAGUGCCAUUGGCUUUACACUUAUUGAUGACACUGUGCACGGUAGACACAGGAACAUUCUGGUCUUUGGAGAUGGACUUGUAGCCUUGAAAUUGCCCAUGCUUCCUCACAAGUUUUGCUUCUCAAAUCCUCAGACAGUUCUUUGGUCUUCUUUCCUUUCUCCAUGCUCAAUGUGGUACACAUAAGGACACAUGACAGAGGUUGAGUCAACUUUAAAUUGCCAUUUUAACUGGCUGCAAGUGUGAUUUAGUAAUUGCCACGACCUGUUAUGUGGCACAGGAAGUGUUGUUAAUAACGGCGUUAGACUAUAACGGCGUUACUAACGGUGUUAUUUUUUUUUUCAGUUGUGAGUAAUCUAAAUAAUUACUUUUCUCAUCUUGGCAACGCUGUUACCGUUACUGAGGCGGGAAAGGCGUGCGUUCUAUGCGUUACAAUGUUGGUUGAAUGACGCGAGAAAAGUCUGAGAGAGAUGGACUCACGGAGACGAGAGAGCAGAGCAGGAGUGGGGAGGAGGCCAGGGAGUUGUCAUGCCGUUGCAAACGCGAUGCUAGGUGGCUCCAAUAAUACCUGACUGUAGCCGAUAGCCUACAAACUACGCCCACAUAAUGCUACUGUAGAUAUCACAUAUAUAUAGAACUAGAAGCAAAUGACAGACACAGCGGCAUUAGGGGAUGGGGGGAUGGCAUGGCUCAGUGGCAGAGUAGUAGUAGUUGUCCCCCCAACCCAGAGGUUGUGGGUUCGAUUCUCUGCCCUGAUGAACACGCCUAAGUAUCCUUGAGCAAGAUACUGAACCCCACAUUGUUCCUGGUGCUGCAUCACCAGUAGGUAGAUGGCGAUGUAGUGUAGAUGUAGUGUAAAGGGCUUUGAGCGCCUUGAAAGGUGGAAAAGCGCUAUACCACCACUUAUAACACCAUUUACCAUUAGCAACAUGUAUAAAGAACUAGAUGCGUUGGUAAACAGCCGCCAUCUUAAAGCAGUUGACUUCUCAGGAAGGCUCUGUUGUAGAGAACCUUCCUAGCGAACCUAAGGAACUUUUUAUCUAAGAUGCUCCUAAAUCGGCAAAAUCUUGACUUAAAUCUAUCUUUAAUUGAUGAAACAGUUUUAAAACGUACACAUGUCGAAAGUAGACAGAAGGGAACUAAUGCAAUAACAGGAGCAAUUUUAACAACUUUAACGGUUGAUUCACAACAUUAAAUGACUUCCACACAUGACAAAGGUUACUAUCUAGUUAUCGCAAUGUCCACAAUACCCCUGUGUCUCGUUAAGUUUAGGUUAAAGAAUUGGACUAGGGCCAAUUGUCCCAAAAACCCUUUAAAACUUCACAUUGUGUGACCUUUUUUUUUUUUUUUUUGGUUGUUUGUUUU